GAAAUGUCAAUAAAGGGAGAUUUUGUGGAGCUUCACGAGUGAAUUAUAUUUUGCAAAAUACCCUAUAAAUUGUCUAAUUUCCCAAGUAUUUUCCACUCGUGGGGAAAGUACAAGUGCCGGCAACUAAGAGAGCAGUGAAAUUGGGAACUUUCACGUGGAGAGCAGCUUUGUGUUUGUGCGAGAAAAAACCAGCGUCUGUCUGGGAGAUUUCCCCCCAAAUACAGUGAAUUUUCAUUAAGGAAAAUGUCUCAUCACUACAUCGUGACUGCCCAGAAGCCCACGGCAGUGACAGCAUGUGUCACAGGGAACUUCACAUCUCCCACUGAGUUGAAUCUCAUCGUGGCGAAGAAUUCCCGCCUGGAGAUCUACCUGGUGACGCCGGAAGGCUUGCGGCCGGUGAAGGAGGUCGGUAUUUACGGCAAGAUCGCAGUGAUGAAGUUGUAUCGACCGGCGAACGAGACGAAGGAUCUGAUCUUCAUCCUCACCUGCCGCUACGAUGCCAUGAUCCUGGAGUGUCGCACGUCUGGCAACGGAGAGCUGGAGAUCCUCACGAAGGCACACGGCAAUGUGGCGGAUCGUGUGGGAAAGCCCGCCGAGACUGGCAUUCUGGCCGUGAUUGAUCCCAAAGCGCGGGUGAUUGGGAUGCGCCUGUACGAGGGACUGUUCAAGAUCAUCCCGCUGGACAAGGAGACAAACGAGCUGAAGGCCACGAGCAUUCGUCUGGAGGACAUGCACGUGCAGGAUCUGGAGUUUCUCUAUGGCUGCACAAAUCCCACGCUCAUUGUCAUCCACCAGGAUCUGAAUGGGCGCCACAUCAAGACGCACGAGAUCAAUCUGCGCGACAAGGAGUUCAUGAAGGUGGCGUGGAAGCAGGAGAAUGUCGAGACGGAGGCGUCAAUGCUCAUUCCCGUGCCCACGCCGCUGGGCGGCGCCAUUGUCAUUGGCCAGGAGUCGAUUGUCUACCACGAUGGCAACAAUUACGUGGCCGUGGCGCCGCCGAUCAUCAAGCAGAGCACCAUCAACUGCUACUGUCGCGUGGACAGCAAAGGGCUGCGCUAUCUGCUGGGCAACAUGAUGGGCAAUCUCUUCAUGCUCUUCCUGGAGACCGAGGAGAAUGCCAAGAAGAACCUGUACGUGAAGGACCUCAAGGUGGACCUGCUGGGCGAGAUUUCCAUCCCCGAGUGCAUCACAUAUCUGGACAAUGGGGUGCUCUUCAUCGGCUCACGCCAUGGCGAUUCGCAGCUGGUGAAGCUCAACACGGUGGCGGAUGAGAAUGGCGCUUACGUGGUGCCGAUGGAGACUUUCACCAAUCUCGGGCCCAUCACGGACAUCUGCAUUGUGGAUCUGGAGCGUCAGGGUCAGGGACAGAUGAUCACGUGCUCGGGGAGCUUCAAAGAAGGCUCGCUGCGCAUCAUUCGCAAUGGCAUUGGGAUUCAGGAGCACGCGUGCAUCGAUUUGCCGGGCAUUAAGGGCUUGUGGGCGCUCAAAGUUGGCAUCGAUGACAAUCCCUACGACAACACUUUAGUUCUUGCCUUUGUGGGACACACCAGAGUUCUCACGCUGACUGGCGAGGAGGUGGAAGAGACGGAGAUUCACGGAUUUCUAAGUGACCAGCAAACUUUCUACUGUGGAAAUGUCGCCUUCGGACAGAUCAUCCAAGUGACUCCAGUGACGGCGCGUCUCGUGCAGGCUCACAGCCGGACGCUGCUCAGCGAGUGGAAGCCGCCGGGAGACAGGCGGAUCGGCGUGGUGGCGUGCAACUACUGUCAGCUCGUGUGCGCCUCGGCGUGCGACGUGUAUUACAUUGAGGUGUGCGAGGGGGCGCUGGUGCAGAAAGCUCAGGUCACGCUGGACUACGAAGUGGCUUGUCUGGACAUCUCGCCGCUGGAGGAGCGUCAAACGCGUGCAGAUCUGAUCGCUGUUGGCCUCUGGACGGACAUCUCAGCGUGUGUGUUCAAGCUGCCCAAUCUGGAGUUGCUGCACACGGAGAAAUUGGGCGGUGAAAUCAUCCCCAGAUCGAUUCUGAUGACAGCCUUUGAGGGAUACACUUACUUGCUGUGCGCUCUGGGCGAUGGAUCGAUGUUCUACUUUGCGCUCAGCACAUCGACUGGAGCGCUGAGUGAGAAGAAGAAAGUCACUCUCGGAACACAACCAACAAUCCUCAAGACCUUCAGAUCUCUGUCCACGACCAAUGUGUUUGCCUGCUCAGAUCGUCCGACGGUGAUUUACUCGUCGAAUCACAAGCUUGUCUUCUCCAAUGUCAAUCUCAAGGAGGUCAAUCACAUGUGCAGUCUCAAUGCUGAAGCUUAUCCGGACAGUUUGGCGCUGGCGACGAAGAAUUCAGUGAUUCUGGGCACAAUUGAUGAGAUACAGAAGCUUCAUAUUCGCACUGUGCCGCUCGGUGAGACGCCACGACGCAUUGCGUAUCAGGAGGCCAGCCAGACAUUUGGUGUCAUCACGCUGCGAAUGGACAUUCAGGACUCUUCUGGACUCAUCCCAUCACGUCCCAGUGCCUCGACGCAAACCCAGAAUGUCACGUCGUCGAACAAUGUGGGAUCGCUGCUGAAGCCAGGCGCUGGUGCGUCGGGAAGCAAUGCAGAAUUUGGACAGGAAGUGGAAAUUCACAAUCUUCUGGUGAUUGAUCAGAACACAUUUGAAGUUCUGCACGCUCAUCAGUUCACACAGUCGGAAUAUGCAAUGUCGCUGAUGUCUGCGAAGCUGGGAAAUGAUCCCAACACUUACUAUGUCGUGGGAACAGCCAUCGUGAAUGCCGAGGAACCGGAACCGAAGAUUGGCAGAAUCAUCAUUUAUCACUAUGCGGAGGGGAAGAUGACGAUAGUUGCGGAGAAGGAGGUGAAGGGCGCUUGCUACUCACUUGUGGAGUUCAAUGGCAAGGUCCUGGCGAGCAUAAAUGCCACUGUGAGGCUGUUCGAGUGGACGAGCGACAAGGAUUUGCGACUGGAGUGCAGUCACUUCAACAACAUCAUCGCCCUGUACUUGAAGACGAAGGGGGACUUCAUCCUCGUGGGCGAUCUCAUGCGCUCGCUCACGCUGCUGCAGUACAAGCAAAUGGAGGGGAGCUUCGAGGAGAUUGCCAGGGACUUUGAGCCCAACUGGAUGACAGCCAUUGAGAUUCUCGAUGAUGACACAUUCUUGGGGGCGGAGAACAAUAACAACUUGUUCGUGUGCCAGAAGGAUAGCGCCGCGACGACGGACGAGGAGCGCCAGCAGAUGCCGGAAGUGGCGCUCUUCCACCUCGGCGACAUGAUCAAUGUGUUCCGCCAUGGAUCGCUGGUGAUGCAGAAUGUGGGCGAGAACACCACACAGACGUCCGGGUGUGUGCUGUACGGCACAAUUAGUGGCGCCAUUGGGCUCGUCACGCAAAUUCCGCCCAACUUCUAUGAGAUCCUGAAGAAUCUGGAGGAGCGAUUGACGCACACGAUCAAGUCUGUGGGCAAGAUCAGUCACUUGACGUGGCGCAGCUUCCACACAGAGACGAAGCUGGAGCCGUGCGAGGGUUUCAUUGAUGGGGAUCUGGUGGAGAGUUUCCUGGACUUGAGUCGCGACAAGAUGAGAGAGACUGUCUUUGGCCUUGAGAUUGAGGCUGAAGGGGUGAAGAAGGAGGCAACAGUUGAUGACAUUAUAAAGAUUGUUGAGGACUUGACGAGAAUUCACUAAUGUAAUGGUGGUCAAGGAGUAAAGUAAGUAAUAUUUUCCCAUCUUUCCUUUCCAGCUCUUUUGUUACAUUGAAUUUUCGAAUAAACAGUAAGUUUCCAAUGAUUCAAGCCUGGUUGAGGAUCUCUAAGUCUCUCUCUCUCUGUCUGGGGGUGGAUUUGCCGAGAUUGCAAUGCUUUCGAAUCGAAGUGCUCUUCAUGCAUCCUAAAGUCUGUACAGAAUUGCUCUAUCGCCCCAUUUAACGCUCUGAGCGGGUGAAAAUGUAGUGAAUUGUAUUAUUAAUUUCCAUUCUCUACAUUUAAAUUGACACAAUAUGAUAAAUUGAGUGUGAAUAUAUUCAAUAUAGAGGAGAGAGAACAGGUCAAUUGUACUGAAAGGAAAUACAACAUUGAGACAGAUGAUGAAAAUGAU